CGACAAAGCGCUUUCUUUGAUUCCAAGGCGUACGCAUUACGACGAUGGCGGAUAUCCCAAUGACGACCGAGGUGAGCGACGAAGAGCUGCUGGGAGGAUGGAAGCCGCGCCUGGGUCCGCUGUCCGUGGCCGAGAAGGUGGAGCAGGGCGAGCUGCUCAAGCGCCAAGGUAACCUGCACGUCAAGCAGGGCGAGCUGAAGCGUGCGUUGGCGUCGUACGCCAAAGUGUUUGCGUACGUGAACGGCCUGUCCGUAGCCGGCGACUCCAUGUCCCAGUACGCACAGGGGGCGGCAGGAAUGACGGCCACCCAAGAACAGGGCACACAGAUCCAGGCCGUCAAGGUGGCCGUGUGGUCCAAUAUGGCUUUGUGCCACCUGAAGCUCGGCACGCAGCCGGAACGAGCGUUAAACUGCUGCGACAAGGUGCUGGAGCUCGAGCCGCAGCAUAGUAAGGCGCGCUUCCGCAAGGCGCAGGCCAUGGUGCAGCUCACGCACUACGAGCGAGCCUACAAGCUGCUAAGUGCGCUGCUAGAGGAAGAACCCAAGAACGCCGCCGUGCGUAACGAGAUCCGCGCGCUUCAAGUUAAGAAACGCGCGUACGACGCCGAGGCCAAGGCCAAGGAGAAGAGUGCGUUUGGUAACAUGUUCAAGUAGACGGAGGAAGAGUUAAGUGAAGACAAAACUGCAGCUUUAAUGUAGAAAAAAGUCGUUUAGUUAUAUAGUAAUGGGUGUUGCUGUGUAUGCUGUUCUCACGUCCGGAAGAAAU